GGUGAACGCAACAAGCCUGUAGCUUUAUGAAAAUUGGCUUCAAAAAAUUAUCGAGUCGUUAGAAAUGCAGCCAAGAGUCCUUAUUUACGUACUUGUAUACGCAGUUUUACUACUGGAACAAGGUUCUGAAGGAUUCUUCAUAAAGCAUGUCCUCACUGGGAUGUGUGUAAAAGAUACAGCCAUAAUACAGUCAUCGGAUUUAGGAAACUGGGGAAGUCUUUCCUAUGUGAAGCUUUCUGACAACUGCUUUGAUCCAGCUGCACAGUUCAGAUUCCAAAAUACCAGCGCCAUUUUGAACAUAAAAAGACAGGGGUGCUUAGCAGGACUUAAUAGAACAAACAACGGCUUUAACUUAAAUAUGUUUUAUCUAUACGUUGAUGCGUUCUAUCCUCAUAGAGACGCUUGCACUGCAAUAAAUGCAAUAACACCAACAUCUUGGGGUGGUUUGUCAACAAGAGUUGAUACGGUUCCUACUCCUUUGUGUGCAGUCAACGCUUCAUUCCCUGGACUCAGAAGCCAAGGUGUGGAUCCGUAUUUGAAUUUGGCACAAGAUUGUUCCGAUGCUGCAGACAAGCGAUUUCACUUUGGUGCAGUCACGUGUUUUGGACAGAAUAUAACAAACACCAACUGUCCAAGUAAUAAAUACAUGAUUAUAAAAACAGCAUCAUAUCGUGGAUUGAGGGAGGGAAGCAUUUGUGGUUCCACCUACGAUCACAUUUGUAGUGCAGAUGUCACCUGUUAUUUGAAAAAUCGUUGUGACGGUCAAAACGAAUGCAUUGUAACAGUCGAUGAUGAUGUUUUUCCUUCUAAUAUUUUUCCUGAUUUGAACAAGUAUCUCUAUUUUGAAUAUCAAUGUCAAGACGACGUGACGUCAUUCAACGAGACCUGCCAUGUCACAAGCGGAUUUUUCAUCAAACACCUUCAGUCCGGAAAAUGCAUCCGUAACACGGGGUUGACGGCGACAACACAUAAUGGCAGAGGUUUUUAUUUUUUGGACCUUUCUGACGACUGUCUCGAUCCAGCAGCUCAGUUCACGUUUCUCAAAAAUAACGCCAUAAUGAAAUUAAAUGUAGCAGGCUGUCUUCGACCAAUCCAAAUAGGUAGGCGAGGUCUUGGCCUUCUUAUGUUGUACAUCCACUUUAAUGAAAAUGGUGCUAUUGAUCAAAAUGUCUGCUCUACACCUGUGAACCAAACAUCUUGGGGAGGUCUGACCAUGAAGUACGACCUACACGAUUUUCAAUACAGAUGUUUAGUAAAUGGUACAAAUCAACUGCUGAAAGUCAACGAAAAAGUUGACCCUUUUCUAAACGUGACUGACUGUGAAGACGGAUUGAAUAAACGAUUUAAUUUUGGCUCGGUGACCUGUUUCGGACAGAAAAUACUGAACGUCAGCUGUCCUAGCAAUCAACUCAUGGUAAUACAAAGUGCCUCGUACCGUGGAUUGAGCGACGGGAAUAUUUGCGGCUCAAGUUAUGAAUACAGUUGUCAUGGUGACGUGACGUGCGAUUUAAAAAGGCAUUGUGAUGGUCGACGAGAGUGCAACGUAAUUGUUAAUGAUGAUCUCUUCAGGUCUAAAAUUUGUGCUGACUUAAACAAGUAUCUUUAUUUUGAAUAUCAAUGUGUCCAGAAUCUGAAAUCAAUAACUGGGAUCCGCUGUUUCGAUAAGGUUGAACUUUCCAGCUCGCUAUGGCCAAACGAAGGCGUUUUGAAUAUUAACACAAUGUUCAAUAACUUCACUAUCUGUCAAGACGGUUCUUUGAAAAACGUCAAAAAUGAUGUGUGUACGAAAUUUGGCUUUCCUAAAGCCGACACUGUCGACCUUUUGUUGCCUCCAGAAAGCUUUGAUAUUCAACCAAAUUCAGCUGGAAGUUUAUCAUGCGAUGGCAUGUCAACAAACUUGUCUCGUUGUUCCAUAUCACCGAAUGAUAGCUGCUCUUCGUAUGCAUAUCUCAAAUGUCAUAUUUGCAACAGGACGCUCUUGGACGAUAGAAUGACAACAAUCCCAAACUCUUCCUUUUCGGCUUCAGUCAAUAAUCAUAAUGCUAAAGAUGCAAGAAUAUCCAGCGGUAGUUCAUGGUGUGCUCGUCAUGCCGAUGGCAAUGAAUAUGUUCAGCUGACUUUCGAUAGACUUUAUGUAGUCAAUAACAUCGCGAUUUUUGGAGACGGUGAAAACCUUAACAGGGUGACAGAAUAUUUCUUAAGCAGCACGACUAAUCUCGUUGAUUGGACAUCGAUUUUGAACGAGAAUCCGGGAAAGGCUUUUCAAGGAAUACAAAAUGCAAUGCAUAUCGCUGCGAUAAAAAAUUUCCCACUGGGCAUUAGAACGAGAGGCUUGCGACUUAUUCCGACGAAAUCCGAAGGUAGACCAUGUUUGAGGAUGGAGAUUUGCGGUGGAGAAUUGCAUCCGGGAAAGGUAAACCUGAUUAUCACUAAAGUUUCAGCAAGAUAUGUUAAGAUAUCGUGGGAAGAUCCUACAACCACUGGAGUAAGCCCAGGUACAAGUGAGCCAAAUCCUCUCACAAUGUUCAAAAUACUACUGUGGAAGAAGGAAGUUUUGUAUCGAAACAUUACAGUGUUGCCAUCAAUUAGUAGACCGUACACAAUUGAUAAUAUUCUUCCAUAUUCGCCGUAUUCAAUAAACAUAAGUGCUGCGAACUCUGAAGGCUUUGGGGAAGCAACAAGAAAAAGUUUCAUGACUCCAGAAGAUGUUCCAAGUGGCCCGCCAUUAAACAUCAGAACAAUCUCUCGAAGUACAGCGUCGUUAACCUUUACCUGGGAUCCACCUGCAGAAGAAAAACAACAUGGCGUCAUCAUGAGUUACGAGACAUGUCUAUCGUAUUCAAAAAAUGGCGCUUGCUUUGAAAAUGUGAAUCAAGUGAGACGUAGUUGGGCGGUUUCUGUGCUAAAUCCCAUGACAAAAUAUUUUUUAAAUGUAUCAGCGGAAACAAGGGCAGGCAAAGGAGUCAGCAGUGAAAGUCUAGGAUUCUACACAAAUGCAGAAAUGUCAUCGAACACGCCUGCGGCAAAAUCUGCAAGUACUCUGACAUUUAAUCUUCAGACUCCGCCAGCAGCAUAUCAAUACAUCUACAUCGUGGCUUUCAAAGGAACACGAUUGUCAUCACCAGACAACUACACUUUAAACAACUUAAUCACGUAUGAACAAGCGAAAGUAUCAAACUUUAUAGCACCUUACAUUGCUGCUGUGAUAUCAAGGAUCGACGUAUCAAGUCGGUUCAUACUUGGUGACGGUGCUAAUACAAGCGAACCAACAUUGAAAAGACGAAGAUCUACCGCGAGACAGUUCAACAAUGGACGCUUGGAACCAAGCAACAGUUACAUAAUUUUUCAAAGAGUCAUUCUCAACAAUGGAGAUUACUACUCUACAGAAUGGAGCAGCUCUUCACAAACAACUACAUACGAAGGAUUAACGGUGCGAGAGGAAACGACAAGCAGCAAUGUUUCGGCAAAAAAUAAUGAUCUGGUGAGCUUGCUGUGUUCUGCAGAAGGUGAACCACCGCUGACAUUCAUGUGGACGAAAGAUGACAAACGAAUGGCGAGUUACGCUGAAUCUCAUAGAAGUUUUUCAAGUUCAGUUCUCGCACUGCAAGUUAGCAAUGAAAGGUCAUUUGGAGAAUAUGUGUGUCAUAUACGAGAUAGAUUUUCGUACACAAACCGCUCUUUUUGGAUCGUUCGUGAAGGGAAAACUACAACAAUGGUCGUCGUAAAAGAUGAUGAAGAUGAUGGAAAAUUCAUAGCUGUGGUCGUCAUCCUGGUUGUUUUGGCUAUAGCGUCAUUUGCAGCAAUCUUCUAUCUUUGGUAUCGCUAUGAGACUAUUAAAUCUGAGAAAAAUACACCAAGGGUGGCAAAUGGACCACCACUUCCAGAUCGACCUGUCGGCGUACCAAAUAACUAUGACAUACCAGAUAUACCUACAGACGAGGGGCAUGGUUACCUUACACCGAUGGAAAUGAAAGAGUCAAUGAACGGGGGCGAUCACUUAUACAGCACACUAAAUGAAUUCAGCAAAUCCGAUAGUAAAUUAUAGCAACAUGGUCACGUGGUUCACGAACGAUGCCAUCAUGAUCAAUCUAGUUUAUCGUCAUAACUUUUGAAAUCACCUAAUCAUAAUUUAGCACUUUUAUUUUUUCCUUAUUAUGCAUUCGAUCUGUGACAAGAACUUGUAUCCUUCGCAAUAUCAUUAUAAAUGUGUGUUACUUAACACAUCUGAAACUGAUUAUUUUCCUGUACGAAAUCUCCUUCUAU